AUGGAAGCAAACCAGGACUACUCAGUUGAGCGUAUCCUUGAGAUUUACAAAAAUCUUGUAAGGAAUACCGAGUUUGUGCCUCGUGAAGCAGUGCCCAGCACCAAUGCGACGUACAACGCCCUACUUUCAGAGGUAGCAGAGUACAACGACGGAGGAAAAUGGUUCAUCAAACUGUGCGAUGAAUCCGCUACCCUGGCGGAGCCUCUAAUUCUCCAAAGAAAAGAACCAGAGGCAAAGGUUUUAGGAUUAUUACUAGACUCACUCAUUGCAUUCUACCAAACCUGGGAUCCGAUUCCGGCCAACGCCAUGUCACACUCUGUCCUAGAAUUUAUCAACGGGGUUUUGCUCGAACAGGACCCCAAUAUCCUUGACAUGGAGCUUUCAACGGCCGCAAAAAGCUGGCCAUACUUCUUACGCCGGAAGACUGGGAUCUCUGCUGCCUUUGCAUUUGGUAUCUUUCCAAAAGAGCUGAAUAUUGAACUGCCGGUAUACAUUCAAGCCAUAGAAGAUACCGUCCAAUUUAUCGACAUUUUUAAUGAUGUCCUUUCAUUCCACAAAGAAUAUCAGAGUGGGGAACGCAACAAUUAUAUCAACAGUAGAGCUCGCGUCAAUGAGAAAACGAUUGUUGAAACUCUCCAGGAAUCUGCUGAGGAUGCACUAGCGGCAUACUCCAGGGCGAAACAAAUUCUCAUGGGUACCGAAGCCUACCUUCCUUGGAAGAGCUGUCUCGAUGGAUAUAUCUCCUUCCACUUCUUAGCACAGAAACGCUAUCGUCUGAACGAGCUAGGCUUUCAAACAGACGGAUCUUUCCAAGAUCGUAAGUAUGCACAGGAACGCGCCAUUUUAGGGGUAAUUCACGUGUACCACGUGGCUAUUGUUGACAACGCCGAACAGCGGAGAAUUGGGGCUCACGUUGCUGUUUCGAUGAGUAAUGGACUGCAACAGAUCACAAUUCCAGAUUUCGACGAUGAUGUGAGCUCGGCACCGACACCGUUUGGGCGGUCAGCGUUCGGCCUAGGAAAUGGAGGCUUUGGCGGCGGCGGGUUUGGGGGAGGCGGGUUUGGAGGAGGCAGCGGGUUUGGAGGAGGGCUUGACUCGCCCAACGGCCUGAACACCCCAAUGAGCGCCUUCCAGAACGCCGAAAAAAGUUAUUUCUCCCAUGCAAGAGGCGAUUCCUCUGCUUCCAUAGACUCCACUGGCUCAGCGACGACCCGUUAUGCCAGUAAACCAGGAACCCCGUUUUCUCAUUCUGCUCAACCUUCCAUCGCAACCAACACUGUUGGUUUUUCCAAGAAACCAUCUUUUGCAUCUAUACGAAAUGCUUUCAAGAAAAGCAAUAAUGAACCUCCACCAAUGCCCUCGCUGGAACACUCGCCGUACCCAGUUCUCAAGAAUCCUUUCAAUCGAUCCACGUCGUCCCUGACACAGCCCACUCUCUCGAGAGGAUCAUCGGCAACACCAACUACCGCCUCAAAUCCUUCCUAUGCUCGUCCCGGUACCCCUGGCUCUUCGACGAAUCCGUUUGCGCGCCAUCCAACAAAGUCAAAGGGUGGUCAUGCGUACAACAAGUCCCAACACUCUCACAAUGGUUCUAUAUUUCACAUUUCGGACAACGGCAGUGAUCCAUCCCAGCCUUACCCUCCCUCUCCUCCACCUGUACCCCGAGUCCCGAGUGCAUACGGACUGAUGUAUCGCGAAGACAUCACCCAGGACUAUGAAGACGACAAAGUGGUCAUGGAUCCCAAAACUCCUUCGGAUUUCGCUCUGCACGCUGUUUUUAUACGAUUCGUAACAUCUGCGGAAGGGAAGAUCGAUUCGUUUCUUCGACAGCCUCUGGAUCAAGAAACAUUGCUUACGACUAUCAUGGGUCCUGGCGUAGACCCUAAGUUCGACGAAACAUUACACUCCCUCGGCAUCAUUGCUCAGAAGAACGCCAAAAAGGUCAUAGAUUCCAUCAUGCGCUGGCGGCGGAGCCAACUCGAAAGUGUUGGCUCAGAUCUCAUCAGGGUGCAUCAAGACAGCCGGUUUCGCUUUCACGAAAUUCCCAACCUUCUCAACGAACGCAAGGCUCUGGCAGCCAUCUAUGUCAUGUGUCGUGCACUCAUAGCGGUGCUACAGAUGCUUUCAAAAGAUGCUCUAGGGGACUCUCUCGGACAUAUUCUUGAGACGACGACAUUUGAACAGUUCAAGAGGCCUGAUCGAAAGCUACAAACACUCUCAGCCAAUCACCGGAUCAAUUCCGAGUUGUAUGCAACACUUCUAGGACAUCUAGCCAACGUUCGGUUCAUGAGCGUCACAGAUCUUUUCCUUGCAGAGCUUACACCGGUGGCCAAUGGUCAGGUAUCCAAAGAUCUUGGUGCGAAGUACGAAAACUUGAUUAGAGGUUUGAGUCAUAUCAAGAUCAAGGUCUGGCCACCGGAAGCCUUUGAGGAAGGUGCUGAGUUUAUGGAGCUCCUAUCCAAGUCGUAUGCGAAUUCGCACGGGCACCUCAAGGUCGCUUUUGCAGAGACGCUAAUUCUAUUGUUGCAUCCGAUAGGAAAGACUGCUCAAGCCGAGACGAACAAUCCACAGUGGGGCAAGGCCAUUGAACUCAUUUAUCCAAAGGCCAAAGAGAUGAUGAGCAAACCUCGAUACUGGCAAGUAGUGUAUCCGCUGGCUGUGACCAGUCUCUGUGUAGCACCCCAGGCGUACUUCUUGAAACACUGGCAAGCCUUUUUUGAGGCUUCGAUAUCCAAACUAAAGGAACGCCCGUAUAGAACGACUAUCAUGAAUGGGCUCAUUCGAAUAGCUUGGACAUACCUAUACCGCUGUCAAGAAAGUGCAUCUACGACCAUGACGAAACUUGAAACGUUGCUAAAACAUUUUUUCCCUCCCAAUCGAACAAACGUAUUUCCGGCGGAUGAUCACACAGAGUCGUUGGUAUACAUCAUGCAUUUCAUUCUUUCACGACAUCCUGAAUAUGGCAGAGACAUCUGUCUUGACCUUAUGCAACAACCAAAUAUUGCCAGCCUGGAACAGAAGUCCAGCAGUAUUGGUAGUGUUCUGGCUCCCGAACGAAUUGCUAUCGCCCUUAACGCCAUUCUCCUUUCUUUUCAUAACACGGAACGCGACAUUAACAUACCCACGUGGCCUUCUUCGAGCGACUUCUCGACCCUACCUCCCAGGUCUGACUACGUGUCGUCAUCGGAGUAUAUCAACACGUCGACCCUGAAACCAGGAAUGGCAGAAUUCAUACGAAAAUGUUCCAAGGCUCUGUCCUCGAUUGCUGCUUUCUGUUACAAUUCCGUUGGCAAUAUGUCCGUGUUCGACGAGCAGUGGUCAUACGUCCGGUUAAGCCCUGCCUUUGAGGAAUCGAAUAACUUUGUCAUCCGGCGGCACGCGGAUGGAAUUGUGACUGCGUACCCUGUCCAGUCCUCACCGCACGUUUCUUUGCUUUGCACAUCUUUUCAAGCAUGGCCCAGGUUACUCGAUACACAAUCUCUCGCCAUCACGGAUGCUAUCGAAAUGCUACUCAGAGGUGUCGUUCACGUAGAACCAAAUGUCUCGGAUUCUGCCGGUCGUGCUCUGAAACGUUUUAUGGCGGACGAUACCAAUGCCAUUCAAAUCAUCUCACAAUUUAAUCAGUUCCUUUAUAGUCCCGGCCGCAUUUGCCACGAUCCGGGUCUUAAGCUACACAUUGAAUACUCGCCACUGCUUCGUCUCUGGGUAGAGGUCGUAGAUGAUUGGAUAAAAGGCAUUGUCCGACGGGGCAUUGAUGCGUUUUCCCAGGUUGACCAGAUUGUCCAAAAAUGCACAGAAAUUGAGGCUGCGUCUCUUUUUCUCCUCUCGCACGAUUCUCCCGACAUCUACGCCGCUGGAGUUAAAAUUGUUCGAUUCCUUGGAACUAUCUCCCCUUUAAUCUCCAAUAUUGCGAGCUCAUCGUCUUCCAAUAACCUUUACGUCGUUGACCGACUACAAGGUAGGCGACCUGGGCUUGCAUUUCUCAAAGGACAUGAAGAACUCCUCGACAAUUCCGAGAAAUCUCGUUUGGAACAAUGGCAGAAGCUUAAAGCAGAUGAAGUGGCCCUACGCAUUGCUGAUAGCAUCAAUCCAAAGGAUCGUAAAAUCUGGCGCCAUGUAUAUCCUUCCUUCCUUCAGGAAUGCAUCGAGCAUGCCAGUCCAACCCUUGGUCUCCUACGAGACGCCAUCGUUGCCACUGUCUCACGUUACCAUCCUUCGAUAUCGUAUCUAGGCGGUGUAAGCAAUCGGGUCCCGCCUGGUCUUCCUCAACGAAACCCCCUAGAUCGGGAUGGAAACAAACUUGUCAUGGACAAUAAACCCCUUAUAGACCAGUGGCACAUCUGGGUCAAGAUUCUGUGUUCAACAGCCGUUCCGCCAGAUGUGUCGCGCCCAGCUCUUACUAAACUUGGCAGAGAUCACUCUCGUGUACCUUCUGCCGACGUCAACUUUGAACGGGAACGAUAUCUGUCCUCUCGUGGCUUGUUCCGUCAUCUUACACCCUUCCUCGACUCUGAGUAUACACUCUUCCGUGAUGCCGCUGUACUUUGCAUCAGCUCAUUUCCUCCUGACUCAUACCCUCAACUACUCGAGGCCCUCAGCCCACUCACUGGUCGUCAGGCAUACGAAGACCCUCGAUCUAAACUAGUAACGACGCCUGCACUGGAGCAGAGUUUCGGUCUUCUGGCCUCCCGUCAGAUGCAUGACGAAAAUAGAUCGAAAUCUGGCAGUUCGACUCUACUAACGGAACAUAGUCGCCGGCAAGAGCGGCUUCAUUCCGCCGUUGCACGUAUAUACUGCUUGACCUCCCACAUGCUUCACCAACAACGGUCCUCCGCAGUCCUGGCGAACAUACUUAAAUUCGUAAGGAACACUCAGACCUUUUUAAGCGGAACCGACACGCGAGACAAUCCAUCAUUGCAUCGUCUGCGACGGUACUUUUGUGGGAUUGUCGAACGUCUCUUCAAUGAACUCGCCACUCUUAAAGAUUCUGACCGCUUCAUACCCUCUCACAUGCACAUCUCUCUUUAUCGACUGUGCGAAGAAUGGUGCCAAGUAGGCCCUCCAACCGAGUCUUUCAAGAAACGUCUCAACGCAAUGCAAAGAACCGUGGAAGCUGGCGAUCCUAACACUGCACGAGAACGCCUGCAAAAAUUUCGCCAGGACAGCGCAUCGCUGUCUCACGCAGCAGUUGGUGCACUGACUGCACUCUCUUACAAGGCUUUCUUUCCUCCCGACCAAGCAGCUAGCUCCCCCACAGACCGCUUAUUACCAGACUUUAUUCGACCUCUCACCGUGGCGAACGUACUGGAUCGCCUGAGUGCUAUUAUGACCUCUUCGGAUGACGCAAAUAGGGUCAAGGGAAUGAACACGUUACGGGCGCUAUCAACUCACCCGGAAUUAAACUUAGACCUUAUCCACGAGAUUUUACGGAGGUCUAUCGUUGUCACGGAUAAGGCUGAUUCCAAUAAUCAACGGUUCUUUGAGGUGGUAUCCGAUAUAGUAUGCGAGGACCAUCACCGCUUCACCUUCUCGCAAAUCGUCUGUUUAGGGCUUACCAAUCUUCGUCAUCCAUCUGGGCCAAUUCGAUCGUUGGCCUUCUCAAUGCUUGAGGCUAUUCACCACCAGCAUUCUGGUCUUCUCACAAUGUCCAUGUUUGAAGCCUCGGUCGCAAGCAUGGCCCCAUCAACUUAUGUUCACGCUCAUAAGUCCGUUGCUGAUUUCCUUGCUGGAGAACAUCCACAUCAAGCAAUCAGUAUUCUGGCUCAGCUCGGGAACUGGUUACCCCAAUUGCCCGGGGAGGCUCACGAUACAGAUGUAAUUCUGCUUCUCCUUCAGAGCCUGGAAUUCUGGAUACCCAAUAUCAACUUGAUGACGGACGACAUCUCUGCUGUAUCGCGAGAAGGUUUAUCGUGCCUUUACCACCUAACAUCUUUGACUCUGCGAUACGGGCAAAGCCACGCUGAACAAAUCCUGGUAUUGUGGACGAAGCUCGUGGAAUCACCUCAGCACUCGAAUAGUCACGCAACGGUUCGAUUCCUGCUUGAACAGGCGCAUAAAGUUGGAAAUAUGGUCUUCAUCACCUGUGCCGCUAACAUCGUUGCCUCACUUUGCCAGACUCGCCCUGGAAGGGAGGUAUUUGAAGACUUAUGCUCAGUAAUCGAACCUGCCCAUAUGCUUCCGACGGUUGAUCACAAAGUGCAGUUCCCAGAACCACAGGAUCUCAAAUUAUGGGAAGAUCUCGAUGUUCUUUUCGGGGAGCAUCCAAGGGUGACUCUAGGUUCUGCACAGUACGCCUGGCUCUUCUUGUCCGACGUCGCUUUGCAGCGCUACUGGGAAAUGAAAACCCAAUUACCCGUACUGCUUCACUCGGUUUUUACGCACCUUGACCACCGGGUUCCAUUUAUUCGUGAGCGAGCACAUUCGAUGCUGUUUCAGCUUUUGCGGUCUUGGACGCCAGGUUACGACGAACUGCCCGACCGAUCAACCAGUCGAUCUCGUGUUUCGGUCAAGGAAGCGAUCUCCGUUUUGGAGAAGGACGCACGGGACAUGUAUUGGGUAGAGGAGAGCUCGAGUGAAGAAGCGGUCCCAAAAAUGAAGCUUCUCUGUUCUCGCGUCUUAGGGUUCUUGGAACCAUUGGCUCCCAGCCUUGUUAGUCAAUGGGGCUCGCUAGCUUUGACAUGGGGGACGACUUGCUCUAUCCGUGCCACUGCGUUUCGGUCACUUCAACUCUUCCGAGCUUUGAUGCCACGCGUGAAAAAAGCUGAUUUCGCAAUGCUUUUGGGCAGAUUGUCGAAUACAGUUGCAGCAUCGGAGGAAAAUAUUCAAGCAUUUACAUCCGAGAUGUUUUUCACCAUCAACGCCGUUGCAAAAUCCGGAGAUCUGGACAAAUCUCUUUUGCCCCAGGCUUUCUGGUGUGCAUGCGCGUGUUUGUCGACAACAGUGGAGAAUGAAUUCAAGCAAACGAUUAUCUAUCUUGAAUCCCUACUGUCUAGAAUCGAUCUCAACGAUGCGGCGACCGUUGAAUUAUUGAUCUCACAUCGACCCAAGGACUGGCAGUCGUCUCCGUAUCUGCAGCCUCCCCUGUUGCGUGGCUUACGGUCAUCAGUUGUUUCAGAAUCAACAAUAAAAGUCCUUUCUAUGUUAGCCAAAGUUCAAGAUGGGCAACUCAUUGAUCCCUCGGAGGGAAGGCUUCGUGACUUAUAUACCGUAUCAUUGCCCUGGUGCCUGCACGCUAUGGACCAACCCGAAAAUACUUGGAAAACCUUCGCAGAAGAUAUUGGUGCACUGGCGAGCAAAGAAAAGCGGCACAGCAUUUUCAAGAUUAUGACUUCCUUUGCUAAAGGUCACUUCAGAACGCGGGAUGACUUCCUUCGGCAAUCCGUUGCUAGCCUCCGUGAACACUAUGGCCAUCAGGACUGGACCAAAGUUGUGACGCUCCUCUUGGGUCUUGUCUUGAACGAGCAACGGUGGUUGCGCGUCCAUGCCAUGCAAGUUCUCAAAGUUCUCUUUCAGCAUCGCGAAACUCGCAAUCCCGUUGAGCUGCUCGGUUCCGAAUUGCUUAUGCCGCUUCUUCGCCUUCUUGAGACUGAUCUUGCUCCUCAAGCUCUGGAUGUGUUGGAGGAGCCCAUGGCUAUGUCAGGUGGGGGACCUGCAGCUAAGCAUGUUCUACGCAUGAGUAUGCAUGUUGGGACUCUUACAGCCAUGGCUGAGUCGGAAUCCGUUACGACAAUUUUCGGAGCCCCAGAGCCUUCCGGGUGGUGCGUUGCACAGGCCGAUUCUCUCCGCAAAACAUGUCAACGCAAUGUCAUGGCCGUGUUUGAUACCUGCUCCGUGCCAACGAGGCCUUCCCGCAUUGAAUUUGAACCUGAAGUCGAAGCCCUUGCAUCAAUCAAAACUCCUCUUGCGGAAGACUUGGGUGGCUUGAUGAAGAACUUGCACGACUUAAAUAAUUACUUUAACGACGCCAAUUCUUCGAAACUUAACGGAAGUACUAUUCCAACACGGCGCCUCGAGGCUCGCGUUGCUGCCAUAUUGGCGAAGUCCGCUAAUCCAGACUCAGUAACGGACACUCCUCAAACUCCUUUCUUGGACGUCUUUAGUGUGGGUGGAAUUGACCACAACGAAGACUCAGACGAGUAUUCAGACAGUGACUCUGAUACCGAUGCAUUUAUCUUCGACAACCUUCCCCAUCACAGGGCACACAACAACGGCGCUCGACACAACUAUCAUUAA